CGUCAUUUGUCGAUGAAUCCUCCUGACACUUGCAUGGCUUGGCCAAAGACUCAUAUCGAGACUGGACUAUUAUGGCUACUAGCAUCCAUGGCGUGGUCUUUUCCUAGCGUCCGAACAGUGGGGAUUCUUGGAACGGCGCGCCAUGGCCUUUCUGACUCGUAUCUGCAUGUGCAUAUGUAUUUAUUCCUAUCUGCCCAUGUCACAUUUUCUGUCUUGUUCCUUUCUUCUGUCCAUUCCAUCUCGUCCUUUUGUCGUCGCUCGUUAUCGAACAACUCUCUAAUCUCCCACCCAUCGAUAUCGAGAGAGCUUUUGGGUAGCCUACUCCAUCGCCUAUAGGAGUGCCUUCUAUUCUUAUUUUACGUGUCUUUGCUUUGUUGGACUUGUGGCACCGGUCUGCCGGGUGAGGUUUCACAAUGGCCGAGUAUCCUGUGGCCUACAAUGGGUCCAUAGCCACUGGGGGUGACUCUUUGACAGAGGAUCUCAAUAUCUUCUACAGUUCAGGCGAUAUCGCCUGGGUGGUUACGUCCACUGCUCUGGUGUUGCUCAUGAUUCCUGGUGUCGGGUUCUUCUAUUCUGGACUCGCUCGUCGAAAGUCGGCCCUCUCGCUCAUAUGGCUCUCGAUAAUGUCGGUUGGAGUGGUUUCCUUCCAGUGGUUCUUCUGGGGUUACUCGUUGGCUUUCUCCCAUACUGCUGGAAAAUACAUUGGUGAUCUCAACAACUUUGGUCUCAAGGGUGUCCUGGCCGCUCCAUCGGUUGGAAGCGACAAGGUCCCUGAUAUUCUCUUUUGCGUCUUUCAGGGCAUGUUCGCCUGCAUUACUGUGGCACUUGCUGUUGGCGCAGUUGCAGAGCGUGGUCGCAUGCUGCCUUGCACUGUCUUCAUGUUUAUCUGGACCACGAUCAUCUACGACCCUAUUGCCUGCUGGACUUGGAACUCUUCGGGAUGGGUCUUCAACCUGGGGGGAUUGGACUUUGCUGGCGGCACGCCAGUGCACAUUGCCUCUGGCUCUGCUGCUCUGGCCUACUCUGUUAUGCUCGGAAAGCGUCGUGGACACGGAACCCAUGAGCUCAACUACCGCCCGCACAAUGUCACCCACGUUGUCAUUGGAACCGUGUUCCUGUGGGUUGGAUGGUUUGGAUUCAAUGCUGGCUCAGCUCUGAGCGCCAAUCUGCGAGCCGUCAUGGCGGCUGUGGUUACCAACCUUGCCGCUGCUGUUGGCGGAGUGACUUGGUGUCUCCUCGACUACCGACUGGAGAGGAAGUGGUCUACUGUUGGAUUCUGCUCUGGUGUCAUUGCCGGACUGGUUGCCAUCACUCCUGGAUCGGGCUUUGUGACUCCUUGGGCGGCCUUUAUCUUCGGUGUCGUCGGUGCUGUUGCUUGCAACUACGGCACGAAGCUCAAGUAUGUUCUGAAGGUCGAUGACGCUUUGGAUAUCUUUGCCGUCCAUGGUGUUGGUGGUAUCGUGGGCAAUUUGUUGACUGGACUCUUUGCUGCUGACUACAUUGCACAUCUUGAUGGCUCUACCACAAUCGACGGUGGCUGGAUCAACCACAACUACAUCCAGCUCGGCUACCAGCUUGCCGACUCCGUUUCCGGCUUUGCAUACUCUUUCUUUGGAAGCUGCAUCAUUCUCUUCGUCAUGAACCUGAUUCCCGGACUUAGUCUGCGGGCCCCCGAAGAAGACGAGAUUAUGGGUAUUGACGAUGCCGAGAUUGGCGAGUUUGCUUAUGACUACGUUGAACUUACUCGCGAUGUCGUCAACGGCGUUGAAACCGAGCACCCAAUUGAUGGCUCUUCCAGACAUACCGGUACCCCCACCGGCAACGAACACACCAUCGAAACAAAGGCCUAAUGGGACUGAUCAUAAUCGUUAUUUCAAAGAUUGGCUGCUUACGGAGUACAAGGUCCCAGUAAUAGUCGAUUCAGAAAAAAUAAUGUAGGGGCUACAUAUACGGGGCGGAUUGUUUAACUGUACAUAUGUCUUCUUGUUCAUUCUUGCUUCAUCUUCUCUGACUCUUUUCUUUUGUUCUACUCAACACCAUCACUCUUUAAUAAUUGGCCGGCUGUCACUAUUUUAGCAGACAGGAAAGCUUUGUCUCAUGUUACUUUACCUUAUUAUUAUUAUUAUAGAUAAACUCAGAUACCCUACAAAAGAACCAUCUAUACACCAUCCCACUAAUGAUAGCUAUACCAAUUCCCAUAGCAGAG